UGAAAAGGCCACAUCCGGUUCCCCCUGAUGGUUGAAGUUGCCUAGCUAGUGCUGUGGCAUAUGCACAUGUGCCCUCUUCAAGGAACUGAUCUGGACCAAUUGGGGGGAAAAAAACAAGUUUUUGGUUUAGCAUUGGAUUUGAUACAUUCAUGCAGGGUUACAUUGAUUGCCACUGUCACAUUUCUGCCGCAGAGUUUGACAACGACAUUGAUGUUGUCGUUGAGAAUUCAAAGAGAGCAGGGAUUUUAGCACUACUGGCUGUUGCAGAACAUGCAGGGGAGUUUGAGAAAGUCAUGCAGCUGUCCCAGAGGUUUUCUGGCUUCAUCUUUCCUUGCCUUGGAGUCCAUCCUGUCCAGGCAGCGAAUGACUUACAGCAGAGGGGAGCUGUCCUUGAGGAUCUAGAUGCAGCUCUGCCCCAGAUUGAAAAAUACAAAGACCACCUUGUGGCUGUUGGUGAGGUAGGCCUGGAUUUCACCCCAAGGGUGGUAAGUUCUGAUGCUGGGAAGGACCAGCAAAGACAAGUGCUCAUUCGCCAGGUGGAACUUGCCAAGCGACUCGGCCUUCCCCUAAAUGUCCAUUCGAGAUCUGCUGGCCGACCUACAAUCCAUCUUCUGAAAGAGCAAGGAGCAGAGAAUGUUCUUCUUCAUGCAUUUGAUGGAAAGCCAUCAGUUGCAAUGGAGGGUGUAAAGGCUGGUUAUUUCUUUUCCAUACCUCCCUCCAUCAUAAGAAGCGAACAGAAGCAAAAACUAGUGAAACAGCUACCAUUAGAGAACAUGUGCUUGGAGACAGACUCCCCUGCCUUGGGCCCAGAGAAGCAGGUGAGAAAUGAACCGAAGAACAUCUCCAUUUGUGCUGAGUAUAUCGCCAGGAUCAAAGGUGUUCCUGUGGAGAAGGUGGUGGAGAUGACCACGCAGAAUGCUCUUCGUCUCUUCCCCAAACUGAAGACACUCUUGACCAUAUGAAUGACUAGCUUCACAUCAUUGGCUAUAUGAGCCACUGGUUUUCUGGCUGCCUGAUAGUCAUUAGUGGCUACUAGUGGCAGGGACUUUGUCUGCUUACAUUUUUCAGGGCUUGUAAAAUGUUAUCAACUCAACUCACAGUCUGAAACAGAAUCAUUGUUGCAAGUGCAGAAGCAUUUUCAUAUUUAUAAUCAAAACACAUAGUGCACUUAAUUACAUAUUGGCAAAUGCCCAUAAAGUAUGCAAUAUCCUUGGUCAUCCAUAAUUUAUGUUUAAGGGAAUAUAUAGACAAAAUAAGCUGUCUUAAAGUGUCACCUACCAACAGUUUUUGAACUGUGUAAAAUACAUACGUAUUAUGUUAAGACUUAUGUAAAUACCUUCUAGAAAAAAAAAAACAUUCAGACUGGAUUGCUUCUUGUUGUUCAGUUAAUUUGCCAGUGACCUGGUCUUUAAAACAAGCUCUGUGGAUCCAUCAAGGCCAUACCAGGUAAAUUGAGACCCCUACAGUUUCAGCCUUGGACAGGAUAUUAUCCAAUUGAAACAUAGGCCUACUGCACAGAUGCUUAGUGGUUGAUACAACAGAUACUACCGGAUUUGUGAAAAAGGCAUUUUAGAAUAAAUAAGUCGUAACCGUG